AAAAAACCGGGAAUUCCAUCCCAGGGGGAGCUGAGCUCUUCAAUCCCAAACUCUGGAAUUGGCCGUUGGGAUGCGGAUGCUCAAGCUCUUCCUCCUCCUCUUCUUCCUCCUCCGAGGGCCUGGAAUGGCUCCAAUGGGAGCGAUGGGAAUUCGGUGGCGCCGGGCCACCCCUUGGCUCCCGGAGGACCCCCCUUCCCCCCUGCAAUGGGUGCCCUUCCAAGGCCGCCUCCCCCCGGACGCCGUCUCCAACUGGAACGCCCAUUCCCAACGCCUGGAAUUCGUCUGCUCCUCUCUCAGCUGCCACACCGGCGCCUACGUCCCCUCCCGGGGUCCCUUUUGCUUCUUCCCCUUCGCCGAGCGCGAGCAUCGCGCCCCAGCCUUCAAGCUCUUGGUCAACGCCGGCGGCCUUGAGGACCUCCAAUGGGUCAACGCGUCCUUCGGGGCCGUUCCGGAGGGCGCCGUCGAGAGCUGCCCCCACGACGACAUCUUCGUGGCCAGGACCUCCUAUGGCUUGGGUAAGGUGGUGAAGGAGCAACGCGCGGCCUUCGUGGUGGUGGACGGGGAGGAGCUGUGGUUCAAGUGGUACCAAGUGUUGACCGUCAAGAAGGGCCCGUCCAAUGUCAGCGUCGCCGACGUGGUCUACAACACGAGCGGAGCGGUGCUGAGCGCGGAGGACGUCACCUUGAGCAGCGCCACGGUGAGGAACCACGGCUGCGCCCCCCAAGUGAAGCUCAUCCCCAUGGAAGCGGUCUCGGAAGUGGAGCACGAUUGGGUCUUGAGGCCCAACUUCUUCGGCGGGCUCCGCGGGACGCUCGAAGCGGCCCCGUUGCUCUUCAACGGGAGCGGGUGGGAGGCGGGCGCCGCGGGCGCCGUGCCGUGGGUGGGGGGAGCCAGCACCAUGGAAUACGUGCUCCAUAGGGACGCGACGGAGCGGGAGGUGGCAGCGGGAAGCGCCUGUAGAGCGGCGUUGGUCGGGCGCCGCGUGGACGCGCGCGUGCCCUUCACCGCCCGCCUGACGCGAGGCUACGGGGAUGGGCGCCGGCACGGAGGGGCCGCAGGAGGAUGGGCGAGGGUGAGGGUGGUGCUGGGGGUCAGGCCCAGCUUCGGGCCAUGUUGGCCCCUGGAAGGGGUGGGCCCGUGUCGAGUGUGA